AUGUCUCACACUGUUGAUCUCGAACACGGAUACAGCCUGAAUCACCAGGUGUCGCAUCGAUCAAAGACCCAGGCUAUUGACGAAGAAGCUGUUGCUUCUUCCAACGCCUCCAACAUCCAGGGUCUCACUGGUGAUGAGUGCUCUGACAUCAAGUUGGCCAAGGUCGAGACCUCAGGCACCAAUGGCGAGUACAUUCACAUUGCCGGGGUCAAGUAUCACAAGGACGAUUUUAUGAGCGCAUUUGGAGGAACUCUUAACCCUGGUUCUGCUCCUAUUCCUUCUCGACGGUUUGCAAACGCCGCUCCCAUUGGGCUUUUCUCCUUCUCUAUUACAUGUUUCAUUCUGGGUAUGUGUCUUGUUAACGCUCGAGGAGUCCAUGCCCCCAAUGUCAUGGUUGGAUGUGCUAUUUUCGGAGGGGGUCUAGUUGAGUUUGUUGCUGGAAUCUGGGAAAUUGUUGCAGAGAAUACCUUUGCCGCCACCGUCUUCCUUUGUUUCUCGUGUUUCUGGUGGUCCUGGUCUCUGCUGCAUCUGCCGAUUGGAAUCGAAAAGUACUACGAGACAGCCGACGAGUUUUCGCAGGCCGUGGGUCUCUUCCUCAUGGGCUGGUUCAUCUUUGCCAUUCUCAUGACUCUGUGUACGGUAAAAGCUACAGUAGCCUUCUUUCUGCUCUUCUGUUCCCUUGACCUGGCGAUCAUCUUUCUCGCAUCGGGCCACUUUCUCAACAACCCCAAGCUCGUCCAGGCAGGAGGCGGUUUCUGCAUUUCAACCGGUCUCUUGGGUUGUUACAAUGGCUUUGGAGGUGUGGCCACUCCUCAGUCUACCUUCACCUGGAUCAUUCCCCGAGCAAUCAUGAUGCCAGGAGCUCACAAGAAGGAUUACUAA